UCGAGACGCAGGUUGUUGUGGACUUGUGCAAACGUUAUCUAAUAUUCCGAUCGACUCUGCGGGAGAACUUAAUCGUUUAUAAAUGGAUUAUGGGUUAUUGGGGUCAUGUCUGGCAAAUAUUUGUACAAACACAAUAUGCCUAUUAGUUUCGUUGGCCUUGAUACCAUGACUUGUCACAGGGAACAUUUAACAUAAUUGCCAGCGGCAGGUACGCUUGAUUACUUAUUUGACGUAGACGAGAUUUCUGUCAAAGAGUGCAGGUAUAUUCUGGCACCAGUUUUGUACUGAACAGGCCGGGCGGCUAUCCGAACUAUAUAUAUAUUCCUAACUUUCAACGACCAUAAUGUCACCUACUAUACAUGUACAUGUGUAUGUCCUAGAGAUACAGUAAUUUUCUCGUUAUUACUUUGGACGUCGUCUCGUCAUUUCCCAGCCCAUUCCUGUGGUGACUUCGGCCCCAAGUUUGACCACUGACCAUGCCGCUGGACACGGUCCUGUGCCUGGACACCUCAGGCUCCAUGAACGGCCGCGGGAUGGCCGAGCUCAAGAAGGGAGUCCGACAGUUCCUACUCGGCGUCCAAGAAACCGCGAACAAGAUGGACCUCCGUGAGAACGUGGCCGUGGUAGAGUUCGGGGGAGGAGCCAGCAUCAUACAACCGCUGUCCGGGAACUACGCAACCGUUUUGCAGUCUGUCGAUAAACUAGAAGCGGGAGGGUCGACGCCCAUGUUUGAAGGUCUCAUGGAAGCGUUGAAGGAAAUUCUGCAGCACGGUGGCGUGCUGACACUGCCAGGUGGCAGGAAGAUGACCCCUCGUGUCAUCUUAAUGACGGACGGCUAUCCCGACAACAAGGAGAACGUCCUGAAGGCGGCGCUGUCGUUCGGUCCGGCGGGCUGGCAGGCGGUGGGUCUGCCGCAUCCCAUCCCCAUAGCCUGCGUGGGCUGCGGCGAUGACGUGGACAAGGAUCUCCUCCAAGCCAUCGCCAAACUCACCAACGGCAUGUACAUCCUGGGUGACGUCAGUCAGCUGUCGGAGUUCUUCCGAAGACAGGUGCUUCUCAUCCGGUUUGCAGCGCAGUUUGGCCAUGACUUGCAGAGGCUGAGAGACAUCAUGGUCCUGCGGCAGUUCAUGGCCAAGAUGGGGGAGAGCGUGGACGACGAUGAGCUGACUGGUCUGAAGACUUUGCUGCUCGCCAUGCUGUUGAUGUCAGCAGAUGACGACUCUGAUGACGAGGAUGAUAGCGAGCAGCCAAACAUGCCGCCAUUCGGGUCGCGUGUUCGCCGCGGGAGGGACUGGAAGUGGGGCAUGCAGGACCGCAUGAGUGUCGGGACUGUCGUCAGACACAGGAGUGAUGGUCAUCUUGUGGUGGAGUGGGACUACGAUGAUUCUUCUACUUACCGCUAUAGAUUUGGAGCUGAGGGAGCGAGAGAUGUCAGGGUGGUGGACGAAGUACGAGCCGUGGGAAGUGGUGGGGUCAAGGUCGGCUGUCGCGUGGUCAGGGGCAGAGACUGGCAGGCGCGGUACGGUGACCAGGACGGCGGGAGGGGCAGUGUGGGAGCCGUGUACAAGAUCACACCCAGGGAGACCUUCAACCUUCACGUUCGCUGGCCCAAUGGAACUAAGGCCAAUUACCGCUAUCACCCACCCGGCGCAAAGGAAAUUGAGCUGGAAGAACACGUGAUUGUGGGGACUGUCAUUGCCCUGGCCGCCCUGAGGGCCAUGGCAGAGGAUGACGACAGUCCGCCGUCUUCACCGGUACGGACUACACAGUCCAGCUGCUGCAGCAUCAUGUAGCGGAUCACGU